CGGCCAGCCACUCGCUUACUUCUACUGUUUGGCUAGCAUGCUAACCCGCUCUAGCUCGCCGAACCAGGUGGGUUUGACGCCAAAAUUAGUCCCGGAGCUAUCAUGACGUCUCUCUGGUACCAAAUAAACCAGCAUUAGAAACACGAGAGUGUACAGCAUGAAUGAGUCAUAUUCCGCUCAUAAAUUAAAUGCGUUCAAUCGAUUAUGGCUCGUCGGUCGUCCAUGAUAGUGAUGUCAUGCGUCCUGCACUUCUCGUUUGUGCCACUCGAGGGCGAUAGUAAGCUGUGCUAAUUGCAGAGUAGGCGACGUUGCCUUCAUCACGCAUUUAUUCUCCAGUCUCUCUCGGAUCGAAAAUAACAGUUCGACCUUUUGCCGUUUGGUUAAACGACAGCCCGUGGAUUCGGUACGACGAGUAAACGUCAGAGUAUGAACGUUAAAAGCAAGAAGCGAUUCUCCUUGAAGCGACACGAACAAAAGCGUGAAGAUUAUUUGGUUCCGAUGCGGCUCAGAAACGGGCUCGGAUCGAACAGCUGCGAGCUCGCCUUUCUCUAGCGAGCAUACAAUGUUAAUGCACCUGCCGCGCGAAGCCACCCGGUGUUCAAUAAUGCAGCGUUGCCCCGUCGUCGAGGUUGAGCGCCGGUGUCAUCAUCACAGGAUGCUGCGGCGGUCCACUUCCUCCCCAGGCAACGUCUUCCCUUUUCUGUUGUUGUGCCUCGCGCGUCUCGCCCUGAGACAUACGCGUAAAGUUCGAAGAGUAAACGACUUCAACAAUCACGGGAAUCCGCUGGCAUUUGGUUGCAUGGAGUACGAGCCUGGGAUCGUGUCGCCCUUCAAGCGGGUCUUCCUGAAGGGCGAAAAGGGACGGGACAAGAAGGCGCAGGAGAAGUCCGCGGAGCGCCGGGCACUCCACACGGUCUCUCUCUCGCAACCCGACCACCGCAUCGACCCCGACAUCCUGCUCAAUGACUACAUCGAGAAGGAAGUCAAAUAUUUGGGACAGCUGACAUCGGUGCCGGGAUACUUGAACCCAUCGAGCAGGACCGAAGUCCUCCAGCUCAUUGACACUGCAAGAAAGACGCAUCAGUUGGCGGGCCAGCUGACGUCGGAGCAGGACGCCGUGGUGAGCUUGUCGGCCUACAACGUCAAGCUGGUGUGGCGCGACGGCGAGGACAUCAUCCUGAGGGUGCCCAUCCACGACAUUGCCGCCGUGUCCUACAUCCGGGACGACUCGUUGCACCUCGUCGUCAUCAAGACGGCCCAGGAAUCCGGAGGCUCUCCGUGUCCCAGCUCCUGUCCCGAUCUCAACAAAUCUCAGACGCUAAGCUCUUUGUCGGAGAGCGGGGCCGUGCUGGUGGAAGUGUGCUGUCUGCUGGUCCUCGCCGUUGACGACAAAGCAGCCGCCGAGGAGCUGUGCCUGCUGCUCAGCCAAGUCUUUCAAAUCGUCUACACCGAGUCCACCAUCGACUUUUUGGACAGAGCCAUCUUUGACGGAGCCACCACGCCCACCAGACAUCUUUCCCUCUACAGCGAUGACUCGUCAAGCAAAGUGGACAUGAAAGAAGCCUUUGAAGGCGAGGCCAGCCCUUUUCCAUUUCAGGCAUCGAUGGAAGCGGACGGCAGCUCCCCGUCGGCUUCUGGGCCCGCCUCCCCUCAGGCCAAGGCGGCGAGCGAAGGGGAGCUCAGCGCCACGGCCGCCGAGCUGCUCCAGGACUACAUGACCACGCUGCGCACCAAGCUGUCCUCGCAGGAAAUCCAGCAGUUUGCCGCGCUGCUGCACGACUACCGCAACGGCUCCUCCAUCCACGAGUUCUGCAUUAACCUGCGGCAGCUCUAUGGGGACAGCCGCAAGUUUCUUCUGCUCGGCCUCCGUCCUUUCAUCCCCGAGAAGGACAGUCAGCAUUUUGAGAACUUCCUGGAGACCAUCGGCGUCAAGGACGGCCGCGGCAUCAUCACCGACAGCUUCGGCCGCUACCGGCGGGUGGCCGACUCCGACUCUGCCGCCGAUGGCGCGGCGGGAAGCGGCGGAGGGAGGGAUGGCGCCGCCUCAGAUGAGGGCCCGGAGGAGGGCGGGGAGACCUCGGAGGGCGACGAGUGGGACCGCAUGAUCAGCGACAUCAGCAAUGACAUUGAAGCGCUCGGCUGUAGCCUGGAAGGCGAAGGCGCCGCGCCGUAACGCCUCGGACUCGAUUGAUGGACGGCGUCGUCAUACUGAAGGUUAGAAGUCAUAUGAAGUCAAGCAAGUGCACUUAGGCUGACACGCGGUCAAUCUCUCGUCAUUUUUCUACUCGCUUAUCGGCAGUAUCUGCCAACGCUGUCGGCAAUGUAGCGACAACCCCUUCCUCACCACUGUAUCGAAUCAUCUUGUAUUUGGGGGCCAGCCCCCCCGCCCCAUGUAAGUGUUUGUUUUUGUUCUUUUUAGUAGCGUGCAACGUACCCCCUCUCGUUCACCAUUUUUGGAGGGAUUUUGAAACCAUCAUUCAUUUUGUGCUCUCUGAAACGGCCUAACGACCAAAUCAAGCCGUCACUUCGUCAAGCUUGGUUGAACGUCUUCGUUCGAGCUUGACUGGUUCACUGCUUCGGCGGCUUGCCAAAGAAAACUCUGAGAAAGUGAACAUUGGAUUGUGGCGGUGAUGUUCUCACCAAAUUCAAGGACUUGGAAUCGACACCAAAGUGUUGUAAGCAGUAUCCCGGGCCAUUUGCGCCCCCUGUAGCCCACGAUCAGACAUGACAGGCCUGAACAGAUGGAACGCACCUCGCACAAUUAGCGUGCGUUGAGAACGUUUUUCAAAAUAAGUUACGAUGUGUUCCAAGCGUCUGGGGGGGGGGGGGGGUUGACACCACUUUGAAAAAUGGGUUCUUGAAAUCAUGGAUUUGAUGAACCGCUUUAGUGGAACGGUCCCGAAUGACGGUCCCAUUCGAUGUCCUCUGCGAUUUUUAAAAAGGGUGCACGUUUAAUCAGGAACGAAAUGUCACCGCAAAUGCCUAAAGACACCAGAUGUGGAAAAACACACUGUCCUUUUUUUCGUGUGCCAAGUGCAAUAAAUGAACAGAAAAGUGCUGCCAGCACUGACCAAAUGAA